UUCUCUUUGUUACAUAUUCUCUAUUAUAGUUUCUAUUAUUGUUCACCCUUUUUCUCCUCUCUUGCAAAGACAACAAAACAAACCAAUCUGCACCAAAAUGGCUUCUCAAGUUUGUGAAACUUUGGCUUUCAUCAACGAUGAUGAUGGGGUCAGAGGGAUGGAAGUCUUGGAAAUCAACGGUGCUCUUUUGAUGUCAUUGAUGGAAGAAUCACCAAGUGAAGAGAGCGAUAAUGAUAGAUUAGAUAGCUUGAUUAGAUCUUUUGAGGCUGAAAUAAGUGGAAAUAAGAUCAUGGGGUGUCAUGAUUCUGCAUCCACAGAAUUGAUGAGUAAUAUUGAAGAGGAUACUCAAUUAUGGAACAUAGGUGAGAUGGACGGCCAGGAUUAUUGGGCUUCAUCAUGUGAAUUUGAGGUGGAAUUUGUAGAUAUGGAUUUGAUGCCAUCCUCACCAUGUGAUGAUGGGAGCUGGUUUAUUGACCCUUUUGAUGAUGAGAAGAAUAAUGGGAUGGCUAACAACUUGAUGGUGUAUGAUGGGUUUGCCAUGGGAGAACAUGGAUACAAUUCCCUUUGGCAAGAAAAUUAUGAGAUGUGCCAUUGAUGCUUUGUUAUUGCUUAUGUAUAUUCAUGUUGUAAUUCUCAAACUUAUUUCUAUAAAUAGUUUUGGGCAAAGAUUAUAUGCAAAAGGAGCUUAUGAAUUUGGGAAACAAAAAUGACCCUCCUUAAAAAAGUAACAAUUUCUUUGAGGACUUAUACUGGACAAGAAACAAGGGUAAAGCAGUUAAACACCUCGUGACCAUAGAAAUAUAUAACUUUUCGGAGGAAUAUUUAUAUGCGGACCAACUAGUUUGCUUUGUUAGACAUAAGAAAAGUCUAAGAUUUAUCAAAGAAUAUAAUUUUCUAAAUUAUUAACGGGGAAUACUAAGAAUAAUAAAGUGUUAACAAAGUUGUUAUCUCAGGGGUAUUAGAGUAGCAUUAAUUUGUUAGGAUCCUGAUUGUAACUAUCACGGUUUGUUACCUUGUAUAUUAAAAUAGAUUAGCUUGAUUUAUGCUUUCUGUUCCUUAGUUUUAGCUGAUUUCCUGAUGUAAAUAGAUUAGCUUGAUGUAUGCUUUCUGUUCCUUAAGUUUAGCUGAUUUCCUGAUGUAACCAAUUGUAAAUCUUGGUCUAUAUAAUAGACCCAAUUUGAUAUAUCAUCAAGCUGCGAAUGACAGCAACUUCUGUUAUGGUAUCAAGAGCUUGACGAUCAA